CUGUUUGACCAAUGGCACCGGCUUGACUUCUUUUUCACAAAGCUUGUUUUGCAUGGACGCUCCUCCCUUUUCGUUACCGUCACGCACACUCACGGACUCACACACCCCAACCCCCUGUGAUUGUGCGGCCGCUCCACGGUUUGCACCGGACAGACGGACGGACGGCGUGUUUCUCGAGGCGCUAUGAUCUAAAAAACAAACCGACAUAUUCUGGAGCAUCGAUGGAGACGCGUCGGUGCGUGAAGAAGACGCAUUUGGCCUCCCCGCGGCGGUUCGAACUAUGAUCGACGCUAAACAGGCAGAGGAACACGGAGAGAGAAAUCUGACUCAACAUAAUCCAUCUGGACGUCAGGGGGGGAGAUGAGGACCAUGAUGGCUUCGAUGAAAACAGCAUUAUUCGUGUUUUUGCACGGGGUGCUCCAGUACGCUCUGUGCCGCGACGUAACCCUUCCCACCGGACCCCUAUUCCGUGUGGCCGGGUUCCCCCUCUCCCUUCCCUGCAGUGUAUCAGGAUACGAAGGCCCACGCACACAGGACUUUGAGUGGUUCCUGUACAGGGAUGACGCUGGUGGAAGACAGAUGGGAGUGGUGUCCACCAGAGACAAGGGCUUCCCAUACGCCCCGUUCCAGGCCCGGGUGAGGAACGGGGAGGUGAGAGUGGAGAGGGACUCAGGAGACAAGGUCAGACUAAUGAUCCAGAGGCUCCGGGCUGAAGACCAGGGCAAGUAUGAGUGCUACACGCCCAGCACGGACAGCACCUACCAGGGGAACUACAGCGAGACAGUCAUUGUCAAAGUGAUCCCCGACACGCUCCAGAUCAGCUACUCCCGCGCGCUCACCGGCCAGCCCACGCCAGAGGGGGCUGAACUGACUCUGACCUGCUCCGCCAGCAUCCAAUCGGAGCAGCUCACCCAUCUGUCCAUCACAUUCGGGAAGCGUGGCGGUGGAGACGGCUCGGCGAGCGGAGCAGGAGGGGAAGUCAGCACCGUCAGAGAGAUUAUCUCCAUCGACAAGCUUCUGGGGGUCGUCCCCGGACGUUUCUACAAGAAGCGCUACGAUGACGGAGAGAUAACGCUGGAGAAGAGGAACGGAGAGGGCGGGCAGGGCGUGUACGUGAUGAGGAUGAGGGCGGUGCAGCCGGACGACACCGGCUCCUAUUUCUGCGAGGCCUCUCAGUGGAUUCUGGAUCCUGAUCGAUCGUGGCAGAAAAUUGCACAGAGAACGCUGGAUAUUGGCAACCUGACUGUUCAGCAGCUAGCCGAGUCUCUGAGUGUAACAUCUUCGCCCAAAGGUGAGGUGACCCUGCAGGUUGGUUCUCCUCUCAUCCUGACCUGCGAGGUGCUCGGGCUGCCGUCUGAAGUGAAGUCAGGCCUGCUGGUCCAGUGGAUGAAAAGGGGAUCUGUCAGCAGCGAUGUGGUCGGGAGCGGAGGAGUGGAGGUCGAGGUUGCCCAGAUGAGCCCAGAUGGCAUCGUAAGCUGGGGCGACGACCUCAGCAGAGCGAGUGGAGGGUCGAUGGAGAAGGUGGCCGAGGGGAGGUACUCUCUGAAGCUCUUCUCGGCCCGGCCCUCUGACUCAGGGGUGUAUCGGUGUGUGGUGAGCGUGUAUGCCGGGCGGAGAAAUCCCGGCCUGUCUAUGCCUGCCACACUCACCCAGAAGUCCGAGGGAGUCACUGUCAACCUGAAGACCAAAGCUGUUUUGGUUUCUGCUGCGGCUCAGCUCCUUCCUGGUCCUCUGCUAAAAAGAGGCAGCACCGUCACCUUAAUCUGCAACGCCACCAUGACCACCACCGGCCCCGCCCUGGCUCAGGUGGACUUCCUGCGGUGGCCAAUCCCUGAACCGGCUGUCAAGAAAGCGUCUGAUGUCACUCCACUCGACCCACCUGUUGAAAGGACACUGCUAGCCACUCUCCAGUACGACGGGAUUGUAAAUAUCUACACCGACGGCAACAAGAUCAGCAUCGACCGCCUGUCAGCUGUCACCUACAGGCUGAGGGUCCACACGGCGACCAUGGAGGACCAGGGCAUGUAUGCAUGCCGUGCUGAGGCGUGGGGGCAGGACCCACAUGGAGGCUGGUACAACACCGGGGCCAAAGCAGAGUCCAAUGCAGUGACUGUUUACCUGUAUGCCAGAGCUGCUGACCUCCUGCUCAUCCCUCUGGUGAUCGGCGUCUCAUCCGCCUUGUUUGUCGGCAUUGUCAUCAUCGCCACGGUAACCUGCUGCUUCAUGAAGCGGCUGGCGAGGCAGCGUGCUCACCAGAAAUAACCAUCCGCUGUCGCCUGCCGUCUGGAAUCUGAUUGUUCGUGAAGCGGCACAAAGAGCUGAUGCGCACAUCAUAAUGGAAAAAAAAAUGGCCCACAAAAUAACUUCACAAAAUGAAGUAUAAGGUGACUGUCGCCUUGAUAGUUGAUUGUCUGUGUUUUGACCUUCCCGUUUAACAAUCAAUGCCAAAAAAAAAAAGUCAGUUUUGUAUUCUCGUAUUUUUAUAUCCAAACCUUCUUUGGGCACAACAUAUUUUUGUGAUUGCUGCAUUGUGCACUAAUAGACAUAGUCGCAUGAAUUUUUGAGGCCACCAUCUCGCUGUUCCUCUCCACAUUUUAAGUGGGGAAAAGACACUUUCUUUGGUUCCUGCUUCCAUCUUAGCCUAAACCACAUUUUUAGUGAACUCCUUCUCCCAGCUUAUUAUCGUUUCAACUGAAAAAAAGGUCAGAAUCCAAACAUGUUACAGCAGGUUUGGUUUAAGUCUCCUACAUGUGAGGAAUCUGACUGUAAAAGUGUUGUUUGUGAAGAACCCACUGCCCUCUGGGAAGUCAUGGCUUGAUUUUUACAAUGUGAUGCUAUGAAGAUGGUUUAUGUGAUACUGGAUAUGUCAUCCUGCUUUGACUAAUGGUGCAAGUUUCCCACAAACAAAGGACAUUCUGUGUUUUUACAAGUUGUUGAUGGUUGUUCCUUCCUCAGACUGCAUGUUUUUUGUUUUAUAAUACAAAAACCAACUAUGUCUAAAUGUAUGUGCAUGGUUCAGGCACUGCCACUGACAGUCACAUGAAUGCUGAUGGGAGCAGUUCAGCCUCCAGAAACUUAAUAAGAGCAGGGGCGUUCCACCGCCUGCAGCCCGGCACCACUCUGCAUCUAAACAAUGUCUCAGUCUGUUGCUUAAUAAGGAAGCCGCUGGCUGGGGACUUUCAGAUGCAGACCGAUCGAGUACGAAUCCCAAUUUCAAGCAUUCUUCGCCUGUGAAGCUUCAGGUUUUAGAGUUUUCUAUACAGAUUUAUAGAUUUGACAGAGAAAAUGGAGGAGAAACCCAAUAUGCACUGAGGUGAAAUAUGUAAAUACUCUAUGGAGUUUAGCUGUUUAUUUUCUUAAUGUAGGUACAAGUGUGCUGUAGCACCGUGUUUCUUUGGCGAUCACCUGUGUUUAACAUUCUGCAGCACUCUGGUCUGCUCUGUUGAAGCACUUGGACAAAUAAACGGGACUGGGACCAAAGCCCCUCGGUAUCCAUCCAUCCAUUCUCUAUACACCGCUUUAUCCUCACUAGGGUCGGGGGGUGCUGGAGCCUAUCCCAGCUGACUCGGGCGAAGGCAGGGGAUACUCUGGACAGGUCCCCUUGGUAUUCUUUUACUUGAUUUUCUUCCAGCUGAAAAGUCAUUUCUUUGCUUUUUUCUUUCUUAUUUUGUGGGGAUUAAUCGUUGCUAAGCUCUUGUUGAGUGACUGUGAUAGAAAAAAACAGUUCUGUGAAAAGGAAAUUCCCUGUUUGUUACGCUGCCUGACAGGAAAGCUGUUGUGUUGUUUCAUGCUGUUUAGGAUUCUUGUCCCCGAGGUGAGAAUUUCCUGAGGAGUGCAGUCAUUUGACCAGACAGUUUAGUGGAGCCUCGCUAUCGUCGUCAUAGUUAUCAUGUGGUUUCAGGCCACACAUUUCUGCUGCCAAGACUUAUUAUGUCUAUAGCUCCGGCUGCUAGCCCGCAGAAAUCUGUUGGACAGAUUUACUGUGUCUGCACACUUAAAAUGGGUGAAAUCCAUCCUCCUCUUCCUGUUGAAAGCAACACUUAAGAAAAGUUUGGGGCCCGCAUUGUGCCAUCAUUUAAGGCUUGAUACAUGUUCGCGGGAAGGAGGAGGAAGGCGAAAUUUGUCGUUAUUCCGCUCGUCACUCUCUCAUUGAAGCGAUCUCGGCUCACUUUUCAGACUCGUCUAAAUUUGUUUGCACUGAGCUGUACUUUACUGUCUCGGUUUAUCUUUACUCUCUGUCUGUCUCUGUUGGAGUCGCUCUAAAGCUCCUCCCUAACCUGUGCUCCCUAAACCCUGAUUAUAAAUGUUGUUCAUGAACAUUAGGGAAUAAAAUCACAGCUCUGCUUGCUUCCUGAGCUACUUUGUUCCAGAUCAACUACUCAAAGCUGAUUUGUUCCCCCACAUACCCACCUACCGCACGAUUACACUCUUGCACACAUACAUGGAUGCACGUGCACACAGCAGCAGCAGUAGGACGGUGCUGGCUGGUGUUUUAGAUGGAAGUGAGUAUCUGCGUAUUCAUCUCUAAUCCCUGUUUAUGGCUGCAGUGUGUCCUGCUGCCCUUCCCCCAACCCCCUGUGUGUUACAGCAGCAAUGUGGCUCACACUCGAUUCAUUUCAAUCUCUUUUCCCUGAGAAUUACUGCCAGCUGUAAACAGUGUUGCACAUAGCGUGCAGAGUACAAGAACUGCUGUCUAAGUCGUAUUUUUGUUGAAGAUGUAUUAAACCCUUUCAUGAAGGUGUUAUGUUCUGUUUGGAUUGUUCACUCAUGCUUUAAUACCACUGUUCCCGAAUGCAUCUUACUGCCAUGUGAAACAUAAAGACAGGUUAUUGCUCAGUUUGUUUCUUAUGGUGCUUUGGCAAACCUGCCAGUUGAUAAAACCAAUAAACCACUCUGGAUUUAUAAUGUCA